UGCCUCGGGUCGCUGACAGGAGUAGUAACGGCAGAAAUACAACAGUAUGGACGAUGUCAGUCACUUGAAGUCACUGCUGGGCCAAUGAAUCUGAGAAAUAUUCGGAAGAGAGUGCCUUUAACACCAGGAGAUAUUUUUUUUAUGAAGACUCAAUGUAGAUAUUUAUAUGUCCACAACGAGCGUGAUGUUAGUGUAGCGAUAAGCUAACAGCUAGCUAAUGUUAGUGGUAUUUGGCUAACUUAGAAACAGCUUCGGAAGAACCUGUUAACGACUUUAAAUAACUCUCCGAGCGAAGGAUAUAAAGGCUUCAGAAAAUCGUAAAUCUUCGUGCUGGUCUCAGAGAAAUAAGCACCUGGUGUUGCUGUCCCUCCGGUGGUUGAAUUCAUGAGCGCGCUCAGUGAUAGCCGUGCAUAGUCCUCGGGGAUGGGGAGUGGAGUCCAGGAGCAACGGGCAUCACUCACGCAGGGAGAAGUGCUGCCACUGGCUUCCUCCAGUCAGUCAGAAGUGAGCUAUGAGGGGCUGAAGCACACUCGCUCUGUCCUCAACUCGCUCUUCUCAGGGGCUUUAGCAGGAGCUGUGGCCAAGACAGCUGUCGCCCCAUUGGACAGGACUAAAAUCAUCUUCCAAGUGUCUUCAGCACGAUUCUCUGCCAAGGAAGCCUACAGGUUAAUAUACCGGACCUACCUGAAGGAUGGCUUCUUCAGCCUGUGGAGGGGGAACUCUGCCACCAUGGUGCGAGUCAUCCCAUAUGCUGCCAUCCAGUUUUGCGCACACGAGCAGUACAAGAGGCUGCUGGGAGGCUACUAUGGCUUUCAGGGAAAAGCCCUGCCUCCGUUCCCAAGGUUACUGGCCGGAUCUAUGGCCGGUACCACAGCAGCCAUGCUGACCUAUCCUCUUGAUAUGGUGCGAGCCAGGAUGGCUGUAACACCUAAAGAAAUGUACAGUAACAUUCUGCAUGUGUUUGUCCGCAUCUCUCGAGAAGAAGGCCUGAAGACACUGUAUCGAGGUUUUGCUCCCACAAUCCUGGGUGUUGUUCCCUAUGCUGGUCUCAGCUUCUUUACCUACGAAACACUGAAAAAAUUACAUGCCGAACGCAGCGGGCGCCCACAGCCCUACUCAUAUGAACGUCUGGCGUUUGGAGCGUGUGCAGGUCUCAUCGGCCAGUCUGCUUCUUAUCCUCUGGAUGUGGUACGACGCCGCAUGCAGACCGCAGGAGUCACGGGUCACACGUACGGCACCAUCCUGGGCACCAUGAGGGAGAUCAUGUCCGAGGAGGGGGUCAUCCGGGGACUCUACAAAGGUCUCAGUAUGAACUGGGUCAAAGGGCCCAUUGCGGUGGGGAUCAGCUUCACCACCUUUGACCUUACUCAGAUUCUCCUGCGGAAGCUGCAUCAGAUGGGCUACACGGCUCGAUAAUGGCGCUUCAGAGUGGAAAACGGGGGGAAAGCACAAGAUCCCCAUAAGCCCUCUGGAGAGAAGCAAAGAGGGGGAAGUGAGAGAGUGAAGAGUGUGUAUUUCUGGACAGAAGCAAACACACACUGGCUCAGGAUGUGUGGGUAAUAUUAAUGUAUCCUCUCGCUAUAUCUGUGUGUAACGAGGGAUGUACAGUCUGUGUAGGCGUGAAGUAGGGUAUAGGGUGGUACCAUGUACCUGUACACGUUGUUGUCAUGUACAUCUAAGUGCAAUAUGCUCAGUGAUUUUUAUGUGUGUAUGUGUGUACACAUAAAUUAUAAUGCCCCUGCCCUUGUGGACCAGGCCUGUGAGUGUGCUCAUCAAUCAGAGAGUUCAGAGGUUCACACACAUACUGACGUUGCUCAGCUGCCUUGUGUGUCUGCUUUAAAUCUGACACCUUUCGAUGCAAUGCAGGUUGCCACUCAUUUAAUAUUAUCUUUGCAUUUGACUUGAUAAGACUAAAGUGAGCCCCCUUGAGAUUUGUUUUGAUGAGUGAGUUUGUUUUAAGGAAUUAUACCAAAGGUUAGGAUGUGAAUUAGCUGCAGAUUAUUUGAUGUUAGUGGUGCUAGUAUAUUUAAGCACAAAAGAGAGGCAGUCUUGCCCAGCAAAGAGAUAACAGCAUCUUGACUGCCAUCAAAUAGUUAGUUUUUUGUUUGAUUUGAAGAUCUGAUUUGAGAAAUCUCUGACUCCAGUAUCUGAGUGGAGCUCCUGAACAUUGAAUUCACAGACUUUUACUUUGAGCUGCUGUACCUACUGCGCUGAUAGCAGACAGAUGAACUAUAUUUUAUGCCAGUGCCAACAGAUAUGAAGUAUAAAGAGUGCCCAUAUUAUUUCAUGUUUGUUUUCACUUUAAUCAUAUCAUGGGCUUUUAAAAAAAAAAAAAAAAAAGUUAGUUGUGAUAGACUGUUUUGUUGUCUGACGUGUCAAUACAGGGGAUUAGACAGAUUUUACUUUUUCUGUUCCAGUUCAGAAUACCAGCUGAAAAUAGCAGUUCCAGUUUAACCUCACAUUGACAUAAAGUCUCAAGUAAUGCAAAUCAAACAGUUUGAUAGGUACUUUUCCAAACGUGCAAUCAUAGACACUGAUUUAACUUUUUAGUAGGAACACCUGCACAGUCUAAUGUAAUCCAUUACAAACCUUGGAGUGAAUACUACCUUUGUCAAGUUUACAAUGUCCCAUAAUUGUUGACACUGUGAGAGGUGUCGCUUUAAAUCCUUGGUAUUUUUAAUUAUAUUGUUUUGGGUUACAGUACAUUGACAGGUGUUUCUAAUAUACGCCACCCUCAUGUAUGUGUCAGUGGUAAUGGACCCACACAGAGUCCCAUAUACAAAUGUUGUCUUCCAUUUGCUGUCAACACAGCAGCUGCAAGAUCUGUCUCUUGAUGACUUUGCUGCUAUUCACGCCUCUUUUGUUUAAACCUCGACAGGACACUAGUUCAGGUUUUGACAGGUCAUUGAAAUAUCUUACAAGCUUCUGGUUGGGGUGGACUCACAAUGUAGAUCUGUAUCAGUAUUUGCUAAUGAACUAACUUGACUGGAAGGACCGGUAUGCACACAUCUAGUGAAGAAAUCAUUAGAAUUCUCUGUUACAGGAAUAAUUCAGCACAUUUUAGCGUUCUCAGUAUUGUAAUUUACCUCGGCACGUAAUCAAAUGUUCACAGAAUUCUCACAUAUCAGUUUUGUGUGCAGUAGUGUCAGAAAUGGAGCUUUAUGCUCAGUUUUCAUUUGACCGUAUGUGUGACAGUUUCAGCAGUAUUGAUGCAGGCUUACGGUCAUUGAGGAGCCUCGGUGGCUGUAAGGGGCAGUUUCUAUACUUAGACCAUACAUACCGAGGCAGGGUGGUUGAGCUGAGGGAACAGCUGGAUGUAGAGCCAACUGGAGCAGAGGGCAGGAAGUCUCUUCUUUACCAGAAUAAAGCAGGAUGUUUGCUCUGUCAAACAGGUGUCAACUGUAACUCAACAGUUUUGUUUAAGAAAAAAAAUUCUGUUUAGUAUUUUUUUUAAAUAUAGGAUUGUUUAACACUCUGCUAGGGCUGCACAAGUGAUUGUUUUUUUUAUUAUUGAUUAAUUUUGAAAUUAUUUGAAUAAUUACCAGACAAAUGCCCUUAGCAGUUAUUAGAGCCCAGAGUAAUGCCUUAACAUUACUUAAGUUUUCUGACCAGCAUACAAACGCUCCAAAAUUAGAUUUUUUUUUUUUUUGAGUUAUGGAAGAGGGAAACAACUCUUUAUGUUUGUGAAUCUUUAAUCAGCAGAUAUUGUGUGUUUUCACAGUUUAAAAGUUUAGUCGCAUAUUAAAAUUGGAAUUGAUUUUGUCCAUUAACCAACUCAUUUAUCGACUGGUAGUUUCAGCUCCAGGGCUGGGUAUUUUUCAGUUCUAAUGUUGAUACAAUACUUGAAUUUCAGCACUGAUACCAGACUAAUUCUUUUUUGAUACCUCACUUUGUGGAAUAUUACAUGUUUUUCUAUAAUCCCUUUUUUUCCAUUUACUAAUAGACGCCAAAUUUCUCGAAUGUCAAAUACUUAUACUAAUAGUUAACUCAAGCAGCUGUAAAAAAUAGUCAGAUAUUGACAAUUCCGCUUAAAAUCAGAGCAAGUGUUGAUUGUCAGCUUUUGGCUCUUGACAGUUGUUGAUAUUUGCUCCUAGGGCCACGUUUUGGUCGCUACCAAAACAUUUUGAAAUUUAAUACCCAGCUCUGUUCAGUGGCUUGUUACACUAUUACGCCCUCAUUCAUCAAACUCACCACCCUCCUUUAACCCACCUCUGUCUGACCAUCAUCCUCUCAUCUGUCUGUUAAUGGAUGUUGUGAUUGUUUUCCUCAUUGUCCAGUGAUGAAUCAGGAGAAAUGUAGCGUUCAGGUGACACACCCGAACCUGACCAGGCUGUCUUCACAUCAGCAAACAAGUGGGAAAACUCUGAUGUGCUCGGGUUUACAGCAGAGCAGUAGAUGCACGUUCAGUUAGUCAUCCUUACCCCUUACUUUUGGUAGCAGGAAGGAAAAUAUGUGGUACUAAGUUUAGAUCAAUGACAGCUUGAAACCUGCACCUGUUCUGUUUGCAAGAGUGCUGCUUGGUUGAAAGUAUACAGUAACUGAAAUCUGACUGACAGUUACUGACUCUAAGUGCCUAGCAAGGCAUAGUAACGUUUUUACUAUGACUGAGCUACUUCUACUAACCUU